AUGGCAAAAUCGGUUUGCCUGAAAAAUCCACAUGAAUGGCAUCCUUAUGUUCAUCAAUAUGGGUAUUAUGAUCCAGUAACAGUUGGUAGUAUUGACGGUACAGAUACGACUCCACAUGAUCGAGCAAUUCAACGCGCCUUAACGUCAUCUUAUAGGAGUAAAGACCAUGUUUUUAACUGGGAUCCAAAGGCUACAAUAUUUGUAGGAAGGCUACCUUAUCAUACUUCAAAAAUUUGUUUACAAAAAGCACUGCAUGAACUGUUGAAUAAACACUUAGGAACUGAUUUAAAUAGUAAAUCUAGAAAAUACUGCCGUAGUCGUUCCCCAUUUUCCUGCGAUGAAAUUUGGCCAAAAAUUCAUAUUGUUCACAACAUUGUUACUGGCUAUCCGUGUGGCUAUGCAUUUGCAUAUUUUUCAUCAGAAUCAGAUGCCGAACGUGUACUGCGUGCUUGGCGUAAUCAAACUACUGUUUCAAUGAAAUUAUACUGUGGACUAAAAGAUGAACGACACUGUGGUUUAGAUAUACCUAAUGGUGAUAAGGUAAUUUUAGAGCCGUAUUUUGGUGGUACACUGCCUGGUUGGCGACCACGUCGUCUUGGUGGUGGAUUAGGUGGUCGUAAAGAAGCUGGGCAGUUACGAUUUGGCGGAAUCGCUCGUCCUUUUAGACGUCCGUUUACUGCAAAUAAUGCAUCUUUGACAGAAAAGAAAACAAAGUUUUGCAAAGAUUAA